AAAUGUAGAAAUGAAUAAAGAGCGACACCUCCAGCCACACGCCCCCCUACCCCACUAACGCCAUGGUAGAGCCUUGUGCCUAUCGCCUCGUACGUAACUCCGUGUUCGAGGAAGCUGCACUUAAUGCUGCCCCCCUUCCUUCUCGUUCUGUUUACUGCACAUUACUUGCUUUGUCAGCUGUGCUCAGCUUGACGUCUUAUCUGGACUUGGGACUUCACCCUUAAGGCUGGGCUUUAAUUCAGCGGCAGCUCUUCGUCCUGCCCUUUUUUUGCAUCUGAAAGGCGCUGUAGCUGGACGACGGAGCCUUCGCUGUCAUUUACUCCAGCACAAAAAUGACGUUAAAAUGCGACAAAAAGGAACCCGCCGCUGUUUUCGAGCGUGUCAACAGCGCGAGGACGGCUCUGUCCGAUCUGUACCUGGAACAGCUACUGCAAAACAAAGCCAAGCCCGAGAAGGUUGUCUCAGAAGUAAAGGAAUAUGUGUCAGAAGACGUUUACACAAAUGGGAGCUACAAGUCCGGCGAUUCACAUGACACGGCACAUUCAGACAAUAAGGAGUUGAUAAAGAUGCGUCUGGUGCAAUUUGAGAAGUCUCCAACGGAGCCCAUGGGGGUUACACUCAAGCUGAAUGAGAAACAGCGAUGUACUGUUGCAAGAAUUCUGCAUGGAGGAAUGAUUCAUAGACAAGGUUCAUUGCAUGUAGGAGAUGAGAUUGCAGAAAUCAACGGUAAAACUGUUGAAAACCAGUCUGUGGAUCAAUUACAAAAAAUGCUGAAAGAUGCGAAUGGAGUCAUUACUUUUAAGAUCAUCCCAAAUCAGCAAAGUCAUGCAUUAGCUUUUGAGAUGUUCAUGAGGGCCCAGUUCAACUACGAUCCAAAAAAGGAUGAUCUGAUACCAUGUAGGGAGGCUGGGCUACAAUUCAAGACAGGAGAUGUGAUCCAAAUCAUUAAUAAACAAGACCCCAACUGGUGGCAGGGAAGGGUUGAAGGUGCCGCGUCCAGCUUUGCUGGGAUCAUUCCCUCUCCUGAACUGCAAGAAUGGCGAGUGGCAAGUAAAACGAAGUCAAAUGAAGAAGGAACGCAGUCCUGUAGCCCCUUUGGCAAGAAAAAAAAAUGCAAAGACAAGUACCUGGCCAAGCACAGCUCAAUUUUUGAUCAGCUGGAUAUAACUUCUUAUGAAGAAGUCAUCAAACUCCCUGCUUUCAACAGAAAGACUCUCGUCCUUAUAGGAGCUCCAGGAGUGGGAAGAAGCCAUGUCAAAAGCACUUUGCUAGCCAAACACCCCGACAAGUUUGCAUACCCCUCUCCACACACAACAAAACCUCAGAAAAAAGAUGAGGAGAAUGGAAAGCAAUACUACUUCAUUUCUAAUGAGGAGAUGACAAAAAGCAUCACGAGUAACGACUUCCUGGAGUACGGAAGUUUCCAAGGCCACAUGUUCGGCAUCAAGUUUGAAACAAUUCUUAAAAUCCACGAGCAAAAAAAAAUCGCCAUACUGGACAUUGAGCCUCAGACCCUUAAACUUCUGCGGACCGCCGAGUUUGCUCCUUUGGUUGUUUUUAUUGCUCCAACCAACACUGCACAACAGAGCGAGUCUUUACAACAGAUUCAGAAGGAAUCCGAUGCCAUCCUUGCCACAUACGGACAUUAUUUUGAUAAGACACUCAUCAACAACGACGUGGAGGAGACUGUGCAGCAGCUAGAAGAGUUCAUCCAGCAAGUGUGCAGCACCCCACAAUGGGUUCCUGUCUCAUGGGUUUAUUGACCACAGUUUUUGCAAUACAAGGCCACUCUUUGAAACUGCACUGUGUAGUUCUGGAAAGUUUUACCAACAAAGGGAGGAUCUGGCAGGGUACCAAAAAAAAAAAAAAUCCACCUGCAUCCAUUUACCCAACUUGUACCUGAGCCACACACGUCCACUGAAAACUCAAAAACGACCAGGGCAGCCCUUUGGCUUAAUUACUUUAAAACUUCCAAAUCUGUAACUGACCCAAGAAAUAAAGCAUAGAGAGCAAAGAGGAUAUUAUACAGUGCAGCUUUGAUUUGUAUUUUUCAAUAUACUUAGUUUGUAGACUAUCAACAGAAAACCCAAAGUGGAAUCACUCCAGUAGUGAGCUGAGCUCAGGCAGCGGGGCAACUUGAAUCCCUGUCAUGUUUUUAAAGUUCUGGAACAGUAAAUCCCUCAGUCAUCACUUAAAGCCAUGCGUUUGAGCUCUUCCCACCCCAUUUCUGACAGCCUAGUGUUCCU